UUACAAAUUAUAAUACUGUGGUAGAAACAAAUUCAGAUUCAGACGAUGAAGACAAACUCCACAUUGUGGAAGAAGACAGUGUUACGGAUGCAGCAGACUGUGAAGGUGGUGUGCCAGAGGAUGACUUGCCAGCAGACCAGACAGUGUUACCAGGAAGCAGUGAAAGAGACGGGAAUGCUGCAGACUGCUGGGAAGAGGAGGCAGGAAAGGAAGGACCAGAAAUCCUGGGGCCUGAAGCUCAGGCAGAUGAAGCAGGGUGUACAGUAAAAGAUGAUGAAUGUGACUCAGAUGCAGAAAAUGAGCAAAACCAUGAUCCUAAUGUUGAAGAGUUCUUGCAACAACAAGACACAGCUGUCAUUUAUCCUGAGGCACCUGAAGAGGACCAGAGGCAGGGUACACCAGAAGCCAGUGGUCAUGAUGAAAAUGGAACACCAGAUGCAUUUUCUCAGUUACUCACCUGCCCGUACUGUGAUAGAGGGUAUAAGCGCUUUACCUCUCUGAAAGAACACAUUAAAUAUCGCCAUGAGAAGAAUGAAGAUAACUUCAGUUGCUCCCUGUGCAGUUACACCUUUGCAUACAGAACCCAACUUGAACGUCACAUGACAUCACAUAAGUCAGGAAGAGAUCAAAGACAUGUGGCGCAGUCUGGGGGUAAUCGUAAAUUCAAGUGCACUGAAUGCGGAAAAGCUUUCAAAUACAAACACCACCUAAAAGAGCACUUAAGAAUUCACAGUGGAGAGAAGCCAUAUGAAUGCCCAAACUGCAAGAAACGUUUUUCUCACUCUGGUUCCUAUAGCUCACACAUAAGCAGUAAGAAGUGUAUCAGCUUGCUGCCUGUGAACGGGAGACCAAGAACAGGACUCAAGACCGCGCAGUGUUCCUCGCCGCCUCUCUCGGCAUCCCCAGGGAGUCCCACACGGCCACAGAUACGGCAAAAACUAGAGAAUAGACCCCUUCAAGAGCAACUCUCUGUAAACCAGAUUAAAACUGAACCUGUGGAUUAUGAGUUCAAGCCCAUAGUGGUUGCUUCAGGAAUCAACUGCUCGACCCCUUUACAAAAUGGGGUUUUUAGUGGUGGUGGCCCAUUGCAGGCAGCCAGUUCUCCUCAGGGCGUGGUGCAAGCUGUUGUCCUGCCAACAGUUGGCCUGGUGUCUCCCAUAAGCAUCAAUUUAAGUGACAUCCAGAAUGUACUCAAAGUGGCAGUAGACGGUAAUGUGAUAAGACAAGUUUUGGAGAAUAACCAAGCCAGUCUUGCAUCCAAAGAACAAGAAACAAUCAGUGCUUCAUCCAUACAACAAGGCGGCCAUUCUGUUAUUUCAGCCAUCAGUCUUCCUUUAGUUGAUCAAGAUGGAACAACCAAAAUUAUCAUUAACUACAGUCUUGAGCAACCUAGCCAACUUCAAGUUGUUCCGCAGAAUUUAAAAAAAGAAAACCCAGUCCCCACAAACAGUUGCAAAAGUGAAAAGUUACCAGAAGAUCUUACUGUUAAAUCUGAGAAGGACAAGAGCUUUGAAGGGGGAGUGAAUGACAGCACUUGUCUUCUGUGUGAUGACUGUCCAGGAGACCUUAAUGCACUUCCAGAGUUAAAGCACUAUGACGUAAAGCAGCCUGCCCAGCCCCCUCCACUCCCUGCCCCAGAAGCUGAGAAGUCCGAGUCCUCUGUCUCGUCAGGUACUGGAGAUGGCAGUUUGUCUCCCAGUCAACCACCUUUAAAGAACCUCUUGUCUCUCCUAAAAGCCUAUUACGCUUUGAAUGCACAACCAAGUGCAGAAGAGCUCUCAAAAAUUGCUGAUUCUGUAAACCUACCACUGGAUGUAGUUAAAAAGUGGUUUGAAAAGAUGCAAGCAGGACAGAUUUCAGUGCAGUCCUCUGAACCAUCUUCUCCUGAACCAGACAAAGUAAAUAUCCCUGCAAAGAACGAUGACCAGCCACAAUCUGCAGAUCCAGAAGAACCACCCCAGGACAGCAAAACAACUCUACAGAGCCCUCUGAAGACAGCUCGCUCUCCAGUCCCCCCAGUGGGCUCAGGCAGGAGUGGCUCCAGAAGUAGUACACCGCCCCCAUCACCUCUGAACCUUUCCUCAGCCAGAAACACACAGGGCUAUCCGUACGCAGCAGAGGGUGCGCAAGAAGAGCCACAAGUGGAGCCUCUGGAUCUUUCACUACCAAAGCAACAGGGAGAAUUAUUGGAAAGGCCAACUAUCACUAGUGUUUACCAGAACAGUGUUUAUUCUGUCCAAGAAGAACCCUUGAACUUGUCUUGUGCAAAAAAGGAGCCACAAAAGGACAGUUGUGUUACAGACUCAGAACCAGUUGUAAAUGUAAUCCCACCAAGUGCCAACCCUAUAAAUAUUGCUAUACCUACAGUCACUGCCCAGUUACCCACAAUUGUGGCCAUUGCUGACCAGAACAGUGUUCCAUGCUUACGAGCGCUUGCUGCCAAUAAGCAGACCAUUCUGAUUCCCCAGGUGGCUUACACGUACUCAGCUACAGUCAGCCCUGCAGUCCAGGAAGCACCCUUGAAAGUGAUCCAGCCAAACGGAAAUCAGGAUGAAAGGCAAGACACUAGCUCAGAAGGAGUAUCCAAUGUGGAAGAUCAGAAUGACUCUGAUUCUACACCACCUAAAAAGAAAAUGCGGAAGACAGAAAAUGGAAUGUAUGCUUGUGACUUGUGUGAUAAGAUAUUCCAGAAGAGUAGCUCAUUAUUGAGACACAAAUAUGAACACACAGGUAAAAGACCUCAUGAGUGUGGAAUCUGUAAAAAGGCAUUUAAACACAAACAUCACUUGAUUGAACACAUGCGAUUACAUUCUGGAGAAAAGCCCUAUCAAUGUGACAAGUGUGGAAAGCGCUUCUCACACUCUGGAUCUUAUUCUCAACACAUGAAUCAUCGCUACUCCUACUGCAAAAGAGAAGCAGAGGAAAGAGACAGCACAGAGCAGGAAGAAGCAGGCCCAGAAGUCCUGACGAACGAGCAUGCCAGUGCGAGGGCGUCUCCCUCCCAGGUCGACUCAGAUGGGAGAGAGAGUUUGACAAGGGAAGAGGAUGAAGACAGUGAGAAGGAGGAAGAGGAGGAGGAAGAUAGAGAGAUAGAAGAAUUGCAGGAAGAAAAGGAAUGUGAAAAACCACAGGGGGAUGAGGAAGAGGAGGAAGAGGAGGAAGAAGUAGAUGAAGAAGAGGUGGAAGAGGCGGAGAAUGAGGGAGCAGAAACAAACACUGAAGGUCCAGUGAAGGGUGACGGAGCUGUAAGUCAAGGGAGCAGCUUAGAACAAAAAGUAAGCAAGAAUAGUGAGCAAGUGUCUGAAGAAAAAACAAAUGAAGCCUAAUAGUUUUUCUAGAAAGAAAAUAAAUCCUAAUUGGUAAUGAAGUCUGUUCUAUAUUAUCCAUGCUUUUCAUGGAAGCACAGUAACCUGUAUACUGUGAUUCCUGUUCACUACUGUGUAAAGUAAAAACUACAAAAUACAAAAAAACAAAAAAAAACACUCACAAAAAAAAUUCCGGGUGUGCCUGAAUCACAGACCUAGUAAUUUUUCAUGCAGUUUUCAAAGUUAGGAACAAGUUUGUAACAUGAAGCAGAUUAGAAAACUUUAAUGACUCAGAAAGUAAUGAUUUAAUAGGUUACAGGAAACUGAUAAUUAGACAAGCAUCUGGCAUUGUUUCGUUUUAUCAGUAUUAUCACUUAUGUUGGUUUAUUCUUAUGCUGUACAAUUGGAAGAAAUUUUAUAAUUUUUUAUUGGUAAACAUAUGUUUAAAGCUAAAGCUAAAUCCGCUUCAGUAUUUUAUUAUGUUUUUUAAAAUGUGAGAACUUCUGCACUACAGAAUUCCCUUCAAGAGAAGUAUAAUGCAGCUCCGAACCAUGCUACUACCUUUUAUAAAUUCAGUCUAGAAGGUAGUCAUUUCUAAUAUUUAGAUGUCAUAGUAGAGCAUAUUAUCAUUUAAAGUGUAUUGUUAGCCUUAAGAAAGCAGCUGAGUGCCGGGGAAGUAGCUCAGUGGUUCUGCCACCUGCCUCGCAAGUGCAAGGUCCCGAGUUUGAUCCCCGGUACCAAAAAAGAAAAAAAGAAAAAGAAAGAAAGCAGCUGAUAGAAGAACUGAAGUUUCUAACUCAUGUGAUUUUAAAUGGAGUUCAAAAGAUUGUCAUUGAGUUCUGAUUGCAGGGACUAACAGUGUUGAUACUGGUAAGGACAGCAGCGUCGUCAGAAUCAGUGUUUGUGAUUGUGUUUGAGUAUGUGGUAACGAAUAUGAAGGAUAUGAUAUGAAGCUUUGUAUCUCCUUUGGCCUUAAGCAAGACCUGUGUGCUGUAAGUGCCAUUUCUCAGUAUUUUUAAGGCUCUAACCUGCCUUCAUUCAGUGUGUGGCCUACAAUAACUAGCAUUUGUUGAUUUGUCCUGUCAAAAUUCCCAAAUUGAAAACCACUGACUCUGUCAGAGAAACUAAAACACUGGGACAUUUCAUCCUUUAAUUCUUCAAUAUUCAUUUUGUGUUAAUUGACUUUCAGAAUUUCUCUACAGAAACUAAAGGGAAAUUUUCUAAUCUGCUUUAUCCAUGUAUUUGCAUUUCAGUCAUGGACAUGCCAUUAUUAUUUGGCUCAUAACAGUUUCCAAAUGUUAGUUAUUAUGGACCCAACUUAUUAACAACAUUAGCUGAUUUUUACCUAUCAGUAUUAUUUUCUUUUAGUUUAUAGAUCUGUGCAACAUUUUUGUACUGUAUGUCUUCAAACCUGGCAGUAUUAAUACCCUUCUUACUGACAUUGUACUUUUAGUUUUAGAAAACUUUUAUAUUUAUGUGUCUUAUUUUUAUAUUUCUUUAUUUAUUACACAGUGUAGUGUAUAAUACUGUAGUUUGUAUUAAUACAAUAAUAUAUUUUAGUAUGAAAAUUUGGAAAGUUGAUAAGAUUUAAAGUAGAGAUGCAAUUGGUUCUCUUGCAUUGAGAUUUGAUUUAACAGUGUUAUGUUAACAUUUAUACUUGCCUUGGACUGUAGAACAGAAUUUAAAUGGGAAUGUAUUAGUUUUACAACUACAAUCAAGUCAUUUUACCUUUUCCCAGUUUUUAAUAUAAAACUCUUAAAUUUUGAAAUUCACUGUGUGACUAAUAGCAUGAUGCUCUGCAGUUUUAUUAAGAGAUUAGCCUAACCAUAAAACUCUCAUUUCCUUAGCAAGCCAAAUUAGAAUUACCUUAUAUAGACAGUGUUGGGAACAAUGUUUAACAUUUUGUGCCAAUUUGUUCCUGUAUUCAUGUAUGUAAGUUACCAAUCUGACUCAUUUUUAAGUUCCUUGUUACACCAUGGUCAUUUUCUAGUUUUUUACCAGAUUCCCCCAUCUCACAAUAAAAUGCAUCAACAAGCCUGA